CAGGCUUUAGAAACCAGUGGCAAGAACGGGUGCAGGAGGAUGAAGGAGGCAGAGCUGGACAGAGGUAUGGCUAGAUUCUGGACAGACAACCAGUGUGUCUCCCUACAGCCCCAAGGACUGGGGCCUAUGUCAGCCGCUCCCAUGGCUCCCAGGACACUGAGGCACGUCCAGGCCAUUAUGGCAUUAAUGGUGGUGACUGUGUUCUUCUCUCUCCUUGCUCUUUUUGUGGUGGCUUCACAGCCUUGGAGACGUGAGCAGAAUGAAGAUCUUUCCUUCAAAGCCCUAUUUCUGGGAGCCAACGACUCUGGACAUGACAAUUAUUCCCAAUUUGACAGGGAGGCAGAGUUGCAAGAGGCUUUCCAGAGGCUUCAGGGCUAUGAGGAGAAUUCUAGCAGCUGUCUCAAGGAGAUACAGAUAUUGAAGUACCGAAUGGACAAUGUUAGUUCUCAGGUGCAGUUGCUCGGGGGUCAUCUGGAGGAUGCCAGUGCUGACAUCCAGCAGACAAAAGAUGUGCUGGAGGGUUCUGGAGCCUUGGCUUUGGAGACCCAGGCUCUGAGAAACUCCUUGGAGGUGGCCAAUGCUGAUAUCCGUAGUCUGAGAGAUGAUUUGGAAAAGGCAAAUGCUAUGACUUCCCAGACCCAAGGUCUCUUAAAGAGCAGCACAGAAAACACCAGCGCUGAGCUCCACGUGCUGGGCAGAGGCCUGGAGGAAGCCCAGUCUGAGAUCCAGGCAUUGAGGGGAAGUCUGCUGAGUUCAAAUGACCUCAGCUUCCAGACCCAGAGCGUUCUCCAGCACAGCAUGGAUAACAUUAGCGCUGAGAUCCAGGCUGUGAGAGAUGAUAUGGAAAGGACUGGUGAUGAGAUGAACUCAUUAAAGAAAGAGCUGGAAACACUCACUGCUCAGACUCAAAAGGCAAACGGCAACCUGUUGCAGACAGAUGCCCAGAUCCAGGGGUUGAAAGCUGAACUGAAAAGCACCGGUUCCUUGAACUCCAAGAUUGAGGUGGUCAAUGGCCAAUUGAAAGAUGCCAGCAGAGAGUUACAAACUCUGAGAAGGGACCUGAGUGAUGUCUCAGCUUUGAAGUCCAACAUCCAGAUGCUACAGAGCAAUCUUCAGAAGGCCAAGGCAGAGAUGCAGAGUUUGAAAACAGAUCUGGAGGCUACCAAAACUCUCACUGCCAAGAUUCAGGGGGAACAGAGUGGCCUGAGGUCCCUGCAGGAAGCUGUGGCUGCACAGAAGCAAGAACAGAUGAUUCAGAAUCAGGUUCUCCAGCUUGUCAUGCAGGACUGGAAGUACUUCAGUGGACACUUUUAUUACUUUUCUCGUGACAAGAAGUCAUGGCACGAGGCUGAGAAUUUCUGUGUGUCCCAGGGAGCACACCUGGCUUCAGUGACCUCUCAGGAGGAGCAGUCAUUCCUGGUACAGAUCACGAAUGGUGUGUACUAUUGGAUCGGGCUCACUGACCAGGGCUCAGAGGGCAACUGGCGCUGGGUGGAUGGGACAUCAUUCAACUAUGCCCAGAGCAAAGGGUUUUGGGAGAAAAAUCAGCCUGACAACUGGAGAAAUGGGAGAGGGGUGUUUGAAGAUUGUGUCCAUAUACAUAAACUGUGGAACGACAUAGCCUGCGGGUCCGCCUACCCCUGGGUGUGCAAGAAGUCCACAGAUUGGUCUAUGGCCAGGAUGGGCCAGAACUGAGUCUUUCCUCCUGAGACUCCUACAGCCUUGAACUCACUUCAGGGCUUCUUGUGUCCUGUGUUGCCCUGUUGUUUUGCCAUUUGAAAUAUGCUUCCCUCCUUCUUAAAGAUAAGCCCUGCGUGCUGGUGUCCCCUCAGUGCCCCAACAUGUCUGCCCAGAUAGGCCCUCAAUAAAUACUCACUGAAUGAACAGAAA